AUGGCUUCCACUUCCACUGCGCUGCCUUCUGAGGUUGCCCUUCGUCGAAUGGCCACGGCUGAUUCCACUCCUACCUCCUCCGCCAACAUCUCGCCUGUCGAUAGUCCGAGAUCGUCUCCUUCCUCUACCUCGCUCUCCUCUCUCGGCUCCGAAGUGGGUGCGGUCCAGAAAGAGGUCUCGACAAAGACCCAGCUGCUUGAUACCUAUGGGAAUGCCUUUGAGAUCCCAGACUAUACCAUCAGUGACAUCCACAAAGCAAUCCCCAAGCACUGCUUCGAACGAUCGGCUGCUACCGGGCUGUACUAUGUUGCUCGAGACAUUGUAUCUCUAGCCACAACCUUCUACCUCUUCAACCGCUUUCUGACGCCGGAGAAUGUUCCCUAUACCCUGCUCAGAGCUGGUCUCUGGUUUGUGUAUGCCUUUGUGCAAGGCCUGUUCGGCACCGGCUUGUGGGUGUUGUCACAUGAGUGCGGACAUCAGUCUUUCUCGACCAGCAAGGUCCUGAACGACACCGUGGGCUGGGUGUGCCAUUCUGCUCUCUUGGUCCCUUAUUUUUCCUGGAAAAUCUCCCACGGUAAGCAUCACAAGGCGACUGGUCACAUGGACCGCGACAUGGUAUUUGUCCCGGCCACAAAGGAAGAAUAUGCCAGCAGGAGAGGCCACUUGCUCCAUCAGCUGGACGAGCUCACCGAGGAGACCCCAAUUGCAACUGCCUACCACUUGAUCACUCAGCAGCUGGGAGGAUGGCCGAUGUACCUCAUCACCAAUGUCACCGGCCACGACAAACACGAGGGUCAGCGGGAGGGCCGUGGAGUUGGCAAGCACAACGGAUUCGGUGGCGGAGUGAACCAUUUCGAUCCGGCCAGCCCUCUGUAUGAAGCCAAGGAUGCCAAAUUGAUUUUGUUGAGUGAUCUCGGCCUCAUCAUCACAGGAAGCAUUCUUUACUGGGUCGGAAAGAAGUAUGGCUGGACGAAUCUGUUUGUCUGGUAUUUUGCCCCGUAUCUGUGGGUGAAUCACUGGCUGGUGGCCAUUACAUUUUUGCAACACACCGACCCUUCACUGCCACAUUACACCCCCACCACGUGGACUUAUACUCGAGGAGCGGCCGCAACGAUCGAUCGUGAAUUCGGAUUCAUUGGCCGUCAGCUGUUCCAUGGCAUUAUCGAAACCCACGUCCUUCACCACUAUGUCAGCACGAUUCCCUUUUACCACGCCGACGAAGCGAGCGAAGCCAUCAAGAAGGUCAUGGGCCGUCACUAUCGCAGCGAUACCAAAGAUGGCCCAAUCGGAUUCCUGAAGAGCCUGUGGAAGUCGAUGAGGAUGUGCCAAUGGGUUGAACCGAUGGCGGGCACUACGGGGGAAGAUGCGGGAGUUCUGUUCUUCCGCAACCGAAAUGGACUGGGCAUGCCACCAACCAAAUCCCCGAGACCGGCUGCGUCUUAA